AUGGCUUUGUAUCUUUUCGAAGGUAUUUAUGCCGUGUUCGGUCCUGACAAAGACGAAUCUGCUAUGCAAGGCAUCAUCGCCACCCCGUCUAAGCCGGUGCUUAGCACACCCCAGCAGUCCAUUUUCUCCUCCCUCAUAACCCAACUCCCACCCACUGACCAGGCCACGCAGGCGCAGAACUCUAGCCCCUCCACCCUCUCCACCCCUCCCACACCCACCACACCCCGCCGCCUCGGUCCCUUGACCAAACGUCCCGCCCCCCGCGACCGAGCCUCAAGUUCCGAUCUCGACAGCCUAACAACCAGUUUCGUCUCGGGUCCAGGAGCCGCUCAGGCAAUGGAGGAAAAAGAUCAUGCUUUCCGGCAUGUCAAGGCUUAUACAGAUGCUAAUGCUGAUCAGAUGAAAACUAUGCUUGCAUUCUCUACCAUCGACCUUCACGACAGCCAAUCCCAAGGCCAAAGUCCGGCUCAACCCGCUGCAGGGUUAGUCAAGGAUAACCCGAACCCCUUCUUCCACCAACCCUGA